UCAAAAUUUUUAAGUCUGCUGAUAAAUUCAUUGAAAUUCUUGCGUAAUAAGUUUGUGGUUAAAAUAUAAAUUUCUAGUAACUUAUUUUAAAAUGGGAAACUAUAAGUUACCGACUAUACAACAAUUCCUAAACAAAAAAAAAAUCUAUGACCCUAAAGAGCCAGUAUGGGUUUACUUAGAAAGAGAAAUGAGAGAAAAUAUUGAGAAGAAGCCGUACAAUGAGAAAGUCGGUGACUGGCUUCGGUUUUUGAAAGAUUUAAAAUAUUAUUAUUUUUGUGAGCAAAAACGAAAAUUAAAAAGAUUAAAUCGGGAAGUUGGGCCACCCUGGUAUUAUGAGCUAUCCAGCAUCCAGAGAGAAGUUCUCAGCGAUCUUAAAGCAAAUAUUCACCAAGACUUGCUAGAAGAUUUACCCACCAGAAUACGCAAAUCCUUGUCUGAUCUGGGAGUCACGUUAAGAAUCUCUAAGAAAAUACUAAUGGACGCUAUGAACGAGUCUGUUGAAGAUCCUGGCGUGUUCAUAUGGAAUCUUUACACGGCAUACUAUAAUAAACCUCCAAGUGAACUGCGCGCUGAAUACGAUAUGAACUCAAUGAUAUUAAUGUCGUGUUUAGUAUUCGUGGAUUUAUCUGAAUGUAUUGCAGAACUUGAAAAUUUAACGCAUACAUCACGUCCACCGAGCUCAGUUCACGAGAAAAAACAUCGAAAAAAUACUCAACCAAAUACUCGUUAUGGUGAAUACUUACAAAAAUGUUAUAUACCAUGCUACAGCAAUCAUUCCAAGAAGAAACAGCCUGAAAAGCCUCUGCCUCUCGGAUAUAAAGUAAAACUUCGCAGUACUGAGAGCUACGAGAGACUGUGUAAGGACCUUGCAUUUCUCGCCAAACGUAAGGAAAGAAACAAAAAAGAACUGCAGGUCGAACGUGUAUGUAAUUACAAAUUUUGGGAACCCCCUAGCACACUCCGUAAUACGAACCCAAAAAUGGCUGCCUAUGUGAAUAAACUGAAAAUGUUGAAAUUAAGAGCAAAACCUACAUUUAAGGCACCGUAUAAACAUGUUCAACAUCAAGUGGGUGGAGUUUCAUUUGUAGGAAAUCGACCCCGAUACCUUUUAAACAGCGUUGCUGUUUUAUCAACUGGCUAUAUACCAAUUAAUGGUGGAGUGGCUUUGCCCAAUGGAGAAGCGGUCACUACAACAAUUGGUUAUUGGAAAUUUCCACGAGAUGUUCAGGAAAUAUGUGAUGCGACUUGUGAUUGCUUAGCUAAAUGGGAAAGUACAGUAAUGGAAUUUCUAAAACAAUCAAGAUGCAAAUGUGGCCAUCUCUAUGAUUUGUACAACGAAGGGAAACCAAAAGAAAAAUAUUUCUAUCCACCGAACAGACACGGCCCCUUUUGGAUUGAUAACGCAAAAAUAUUUCAGUUAGAUCCCUUGGAGGACUUCGUUAAGGAUACAGUUAAAGAAUGUUUAAUGUCUACUGAACCUACGCCCCAGCCUUCAAUGCCAACCAUAUCGCCAUCCGGACUAAAAUUGAAAGAUUUGCUCGCGGCAUUUUUGGCUGAGUUAUCUGAUACGCCUCUUCUAAUACCCCAUUUGCCGAAAGCUAAUCUUUUGGCGAAUUUUCAAGAAUGGGUCAGAAAACGAAUUAAGGGAAAACUAACACCGGAAGAUACUAAAAAAUUAUUGUACCAGAGUCACCGUAGAUGGUUAGACCUCAAACAUGUUGAUUUUAGAUCACGAGCAUACAGAAUACCAUUCACACUCAAACAGCUAAAACAUAUUAACUGGUCCCAUAGACAUAUGGGGCAAAAAUUGUUCGAAAUACUAUUAAACGAUUUCGUUUCGAGAAACAGUAUAAAUCAAGUAAGACAGACUAGAUUAUGGUGGCCGACGACAAAAUAUGACUCAUAUCGUAAUCCUGAAUCAUUUUUAAAUGUUUUCUUCACCUACAUGCCUGGACGAAUGAAGGAUACGUUCCUCAUAAAUCCAUAUAGCUCUGAGCUUACCCCGAAACAUGGAGCAAAAACGUGUCCGUUAUAAAGUGUUGUUCAAUUUUAUGUCUAAAGUAAGUGGUUUACAACAUGUGGUUGUAACAUUAACCUAUAUGCCUUUAUAUUGUAUGCUAAAAUGUUAAUCAUAUUAGAAAGAAUAAUUUUUGAACAAAUA